CGCACUCGCACCACCGGGACUGUGUUUCACUCUCCAAUCAAAAACCACCAAAUCAUCACCCACUUCUCCAUACGCCACGUGGCAUCCUACGCGUGCUGAUAUUUUCGAAGUGGAGACCACGAAUAGGAGCAAGACCUUACUGCACUGUAACAUUCCCCUAGCGGAGCAGUGAGUGCAUGAAGUACUAUAGCUGAACAUAGCAGAGAGAUUCCAUUGUCAAAUCCCUAAAUCACUACCUCAUCAUCGUGUUCUUCAGAUUCCUCGCUCGUAGAGCGUUAGGUCACACUACUUUACUCCAGAUCCACCUUCGGAGAACUUCCAAUUUUUUUCGUAGGUGGUAUAUAGGAGAAGUGGGAAUGGCUCACAGCUCUGACGAGGAUACUGAUAUAAGUGAAUCUGAAAUAAGUGACUAUGAAGAUAAAUGUUAUGAAGAACUGAAAAAUGGAAGUCAGAAUGUGAAAACCUCGGAUGAGAAGUUCACUUGUCCAUACUGCCCUAAGAAAAGAAAACGGGAUUAUUUGUACAAUGAACUCCUGCAACAUGCUUCUGGGGUGGGUCAGAGUAGUUCACAAAAGAGAAAAGCAAGAGAAAAGGCAACUCAUUUGGCUUUAGUGAAAUAUUUGCAAAAGGAUCUUAUGAGUGUAGAUGCUCCAUCGGAACCGGAACCGGCUGAUAAAACUGAUAAUGCUAUUGAUUCUGAUGAGCAGUUUGUGUGGCCUUGGAUCGGAAUUAUAGUUAAUAUUCCCACUAGUCGAGCAGCAGAUGGGCGUUCUGUUGGGGCCAGUGGUUCCAAGCUUAGGGAUGAGUACAGACGUAGGGGUUUCAAUCCAUUUCGAGUAAAUCCUCUAUGGAACUUCCGAGGUCACUCUGGAACUGCCCUUGUAGAAUUCAAUAAAAACUGGCCUGGCUUAGAUAAUGCAUUGGCAUUUGAAAAAGCAUAUGUAUUAGAACAUCAUGGGAAAAAGGAUUGGUUUGUUGGUUCGGAGCCGAAGUCGGGUCUUUAUGCAUGGGUUGCUCGAGCAGAUGAUUACAAAAGGAACAAUAUCAUUGGGGAAAAUCUGCGAAAGAUGGGUGACAUCAAAACCAUACCUGAACUUAUGGAAGAAGAAGCUCGGAGGCAGGAUAAACUUGUGUCCAACUUGACCAACAUUAUUCAGGUAAAAAACAAGCACUUACAUGAGAUUGAAGCAAGAUGCACCGAGACUACGGCCAAAAUGAAUGUUGCUAUGGAAGAAAAAGAUCAGCUCAUUCAAGCUUAUAAUGAAGAGAUAAAGAAAAUACAGACAAGUGCUAAGGAUCACUUCCAAAGGAUUUUUAACGAUCACGAAAAGCUUAAAUCGCAACUGGAAUCUCAGAAAAGGGAGCUUGAGUCACGGAAAAUUGAAUUGGAAAAGCGUGAUGCACAUAAUGAAACUGAAAGAAAAAAGUUGGCAGAAGAGAUGGAGGAGAAUGCAAUGAAAAAUAGCUCUCUUCAGAUGGCUUCUCUGGAGCAACAAAAAGCAGAUCAAAAUGUUAUGAAACUGGCUGAUGAUCAAAAGAGAGAAAAGGAAAAACUCCAUUCUAAGAUCAUUCAGCUUGAGAGACAACUGGAUAUGAAACAAAAGCUGGAAUUGGAGAUUCAGCAACUAAAAGGAUCACUAAGUGUGUUGAAGCACAUAGAAGAUGAUGAAGAUGUAGAAGUUCUGAAGAAGGUCGAUGCUUUGCAUAUGGAUUUAAGGGAAAAGAUACAGUCACUUGAAGAUGUAGAGGCACUGUACCAAACAUUAAUCAUUAAGCAGCGUAAGAGUAAUGAUGAGCUGCAGGAUGCUCGAAAAGAAUUGAUUAAUGCCAUUAAAGAGAUAGCAACUCGUGCCCAAAUUGGUGUGAAGAGAAUGGGAGAACUUGACACUGGACCAUUCCUCGAAGCUAUGAAGAAAAGAUAUAAUGAGGAGGAAGCUGAAGACAAAGCUUCAGAACUAUGUUCAUUGUGGGAAGAGUAUCUAAAGGACCCAGAUUGGCAUCCAUUCAAAGUUGUCACGAUUGACGGGAAAUCGAAAGAAUUUAUUAAAGAUGACGAUGAAAAGCUGAAUGGGCUGAGAAAAGAAGUGGGGGAAAGGGCAUAUAAUGCUGUGGUGGCAGCUUUAAAUGAGAUUAAUGAAUAUAAUCCUAGUGGGCGAUAUGUAACCUCUGAAUUAUGGAACUAUAAAGAGGGAAGGAGAGCAACUUUGCAAGAAGGAGUUAAGUUUUUGUUGAACCAUUGGAGACGUAAGAAGGGAAAGUUGUGAAGAAAAGGUGAUUGCUGUUGAUGGCAGGAAUAACAUGUUGCAUUGUGAGAGAGAAUAAUUUAUGCAUGGCAGCCGGUUAGCACACAUCCAUAUUUGUUGAGCUGUAAAUCUAAGGUUGUGUGUAGUUUAAGUGCAUGUUUGGAUUUGCAGUCAGAAUGACAAAAUUACGGUAAGUCACCGUGAUUUUGGUAGAAGCUACACUUUGAAGCUUCAACAAAAUUACAAUGUUACUGUGAUUUUGUCAAACUCACCGUACCUCUAAAUAUACACCCAGGUAAUUUAUUAUCAUGAUAAGCUAGUUAGUUUCACUAGACAAUUGGUACUGUCUUGCUGUGGCGCAAACUGCUUUAAUAGUGAUAGCCUUUGUAUUAUCUCUAGCGUGGGAGAAGGCAUAUAUUGAUGUUAAACUUGAAUGACCAAAUAUUGUUUAUCCUUUACUUUGCUUGUUUCUUUCUGAGUUA